AUGGAUCAAAAGAAAAAUAAGAGAAAGGCAAGCUCGCCAAGUAUUGGCAAAGUGGAGGGAAAAACAAAACGGAGAAAAAUAGACGGAAAGGAAAAGACUGUGGAUUUAGUAAGGAAACUUUUAGAUACUUUAUCCGAUGAGAAAAAACGCGAACAAAGUAUUAGACAAUUAGCAAAAAUGAUUGAAGGUAAUAAUAGAAAAGAUAAUUUACGUAAACUAGCGGGUAUGUACGUAGAGCGAAAUAAUCAAAAAAAUAAGUUAUCUAAGUUAGCCGGUAUGGUAAAAAAUAAUCGUCGUACGCGGGGUAGUUAUGUUAUUGAGGAUAGAGAUAUCCGUGAAUUGGCACGCAUAGUUAAAAGUAGAAGUAAUAUGAAUAUUCCCAAGACAGUUUUUAAUAUAGACUUAUUGAGAACACAUGUGCGUUUUGGUUAUAAUGAAUAUAUAUACAAUGUAGACAUUGGUAGUGAGCAUUUGCAUACGCUACCUGAUUUUUAUAAUAAUUUGCGUACAGUAUUUGAAUAUUUAUUAAACUGUAUGCAUUAUUAUGCGGAGACGAAUACCGACAAAGCAAGGUUCUAUAUUUCUAAUGCUCCACGUACAGCUUUUUCGACUGCAAUUUUAUCGGUAUCUGAUUUUACUACAGAUAUGUUUUUUGACAUUUUCGAAAGACACAUGCAAAGUAACGCACAAGAGGUUAUAAAUAAUGGUUGGCACACGACUGUUAGUUUGUAUAUUUUCCCGAAUACGUAUGCUAGACGCCACCCAAGAAAAAACAAAAAACAAAACAAAACCGUUGAAAUUUUACGCUCAUUUAGGUAAGAGUAAUGCGGAAUCGGGUCGUGGUAAAAAAAAUGAGGUGGCGACUAAACAUGGUAGGGAAGUCCGCCAUGGUGUUUUUCAGAUCGGCAAGGGCAAUGUUACAAAUACUUGUUUGGCUUUAUCUCUUCUGGUGGGUAUAUCCCAUUUACAUUCGGGUGAAAAAAUGAGUAAGUUACAACGUAAUAGAAACACGACCUUGACAGAACUAUACGACGACGACGACAUAAAGAAAGUAUAUGCGGAAUCGGGUUUAAAUGUGGGCGCGGUUCGUGUUGAUCAAUUACAUUUAGUGUAUACGGGGUAUUUAAAACCGCAGGGUGUGGAUUUAGUUGUUUUUUCAAAAGCAAAAGAUGAUACUGUGGUGUACGAUUCCCGCUUGGACGAUUCGGGUGUGGUGGCUCGAAUUACAAAGCAAAUUAUCUAUUUAUGGUUGAAUGAUUCACAUUAUGAUUUGAUAUUAGACCCGAAUGUAUUUUCUCGUUGUAGUAGGGGUAAAUUUUGUUUUACAUGCAUAAAAUAUUUUAAACGGAAUGAAACUGUGGAUACUCAUACGUGUCGAACGUCAAGUACUUGUCAACGUUGUUAUGCUUCAUUAGUAAAAUGCCCGAAGCAAGCAGGUGUUAAGCAACAGUGUACUGAGUGUGGUAUUUUUUUCAUUAAUUCGGAAUGUUUCGUAAAACAUUUAACACAACGUAUAUUUAAGACCUCCUGUAAUCGUAUGGAGACUGCGUGUAAUCGGGGUUUUUUUUGCAAAACCUGUUAUAAGAUAGUUCCACGAAAAAUGUUCGUGAGUAAGGGGAAAUUUAAAAAUCAUAAUUGUUCCGAAGUGUUUUGUUUGCACUGUAAUAAGUUGGUAAAGGGAGAUCAUUAUUGUUAUAUAAAACCGAUACGUAUUGCAAACGAGAGUAAACACCCGACAUUAUAUUUUUACGAUUUUGAAACACGCAUGAAUAGUGAGGGUUAUAUGGUGCCGUUUUAUUGUGCAGUUCAAAAAGUUUGCGUUGUUUGUGAUGAGAUGCCUUUUGUAAAGACAUAUGAAUAUUUUUCCCCAUCCCGCAGAUCAUCGUUGUGAUAUAUCUAUAGAACCUGUCGAGUGUUGUGGAUAUAGACAGUAUGUGUUUGAGAAAAAUAAUGCCGAUAUAGUGGAAGAUUUAAUGAAUUUUAUAAUGGAACAACCGAAGGGUAGCGUGUGGAUUGCACAUAAUGGUGGUCGUUUUGAUAGUAUAUUUUUAAUGAACGAGUUAUUGGUAAAGAGACGGAUUGUCCCUCGUGUAAUUAUGAACGGGAAUAAGAUUAUGUGUAUCGAAUUGGAAGAACGUAAUUUGAAAAUUAUCGAUAGCUUUCUUUUUGUUAGUAUGAGAUUGAGUAUGUUUCCUAAAGCGCUGGGUAUUAAGGAUAUUACAAAGGGUUUCCAUCCGUAUUUAUUUACGGAUUUAAAUUAUGUGGGUCCUAUGAUUGGUUUAGAAUAUUUUGAACUGCCUCCCAAAGGCAGUGAAGAACGUGGAAAGUUUGAUAAAUGGUAUGAGGAGCAAAAAAAUAAAACCUAUGUAUUUCGUGAAGCAAUCUAUUAUUAUUGUCGGUUGGAUGUCGAUAUAAUGAGACAGGGUUGUAUAAUUUUUGCUCGUUUAAUCAAUAAAGUUACGGGUGUUUUACCCUUUUAUGACAGUACUUGUCAUACGGUAGCUGGUUUGGCGCUUAAAAUUUAUCGUAGUAAUUAUUUGCAAAAAAACACGAUUGGGCAAAUACCCGCAAAUGGUUAUGGAGGUGUAAAAGUAAAUCAAAGUGCCAUUGCGUUAUGUUGGUUGCGAGAAAUUGAAGAGGAAUUAAGGGGUUGUGACUUUAUUCUUGAUAGUCGUUUAUCUGUUAAGGGCGAGCAGAAAAUUCUUAAUUAUUACGUACAGGGGCGGAUCUAGGGUAAGUCCAAUCAGUCGCGUGACUGACGUAUUUUUUGCAAAGAAAUAAUUAAUUUAUUAUUUCGAAAUUUGAAUAAUUAAUUCCCGAAUAUAAUAUGAAAUUCAUAUCAUAGUCCAGUAUACGUCUUUACGAGCUCAGUUUUGAAUUAAAUAUAUGCUUUAUCUAGAGCAGCGGUAAAACGCAAGAAUCUCGCAGAAUCGGGUGGUCGUUAUGCUCAUUUGAUUGGUCGAGAGGUCAUUUGGACUUAUCUCGACUGAUCUGUGGGGUGGCCGGACUGAUUUGCACUUUAAGGGAGUCUUUUUCAGUCCAUUUCGUUCCUUUGAUUGGUCAAUUUGAAAAUAUUGUGGGGAGGUCGGACUGAAUUGCAACUUAAGGGAGUUUUUAUGGGGUGGUCCGACUGAUUUGCACUUUAAGGGAGUUUUUAUCAGUCCAUUUCCUUCAUUUUGAUUGGUCAAUUUGAAAUUAUUGACAAUUUCUAUUGGUUCAUUUUUUUGGACUGAUUCGGACUUAUUCGCGGCAGGGGAUAUCAGUCCUUGAAAAUUGCGAAAUUCAUGCAAAGCAGUCUUUCAUAUUCCCGUAUACGAAGGUUUUUCAUAGUUGGGAGAAUUAUUUUACGAUGUCGAGUAUUUAUAUGUACGCGGCCGAUUUUACGAAACGAUUUAACGGCCUUUAAUAAACUUGAAUUGUCUCUGAAUGAGGAUUAUUGUGGGGCAGCUAAGAUAUCAAGCGAGCAGCUUUUAUAAUGUUGUUCUGUUCAACAACGAGAAGGCACUAAGUUGGGACUUCUCUGCUGCGUGCUUCACAAUAAAUCACAAAGAUCAUGGUCGUAAUUUGAAUGGUAAAGCCAAAGGGAAAGUGUGCACUGCUAUAAUGUAUGAAAAUAUCCAAAAUUAUGAAACAGAAAUGAAUAUAUUGCAAUGUAUCUUGUAUGAUAAAUGCGAAGUUGAAAUAUAACACGCUUUAAUACAUUUUUACACGCAAUCGACUUGCAACUUACAAUGCGCUUUCGGGCCUUAUAGCUUUCCUGCUGUAUUUAUAAUUUAUAAAUGCAUUGUUCAUUAUAAAAAGGGCCAGAAUAGAGCAUUGGCAUUGGAGGGUUAAAACAAUAUAAUUUGGAUGAUUUGCAUUGCAUGAAAGAUUUGCGAUGAAUAUCGUUAUAAUAUACAAGUGAUAUUUAUAGCAUAUUGUAAUUCAUUGAAUAAAAAAUGCAUUUUACAAAGUAUAACUGAAAUAUUACUCUUUAUUUUGCUUGAAAAUUUUGAUUCACAAACAGCGAGUUAUAUUGGAUCGGCCAUUGGUAUCAUAUCACUUCAAUUUGCGAAGGAUUUCAUGAGCCAAACUCAAAGGCUAUUGAAAGUUGAAACUACAUGAUGUGUUUUGUAAUAUGACCCUCCGUUAGUAAAUCUAAUUCCGAGGACUGGGAGAAGGCACGUUUGUGAGAUCAUAAAAAAAGCAUGUGCUUGAUGUACUUUAUAAUCUUUGGAAUUCUGCAAAAUCUCACCGCCAAAACGCUUGAAAUCGCAUUUCAGAGACUCUAGAUUUCAAAAUUUUCCGGGGGGCAUGCCCCCAGACCCCCCUAGCAAGUCUCACGCCUUCGGCGUUCGACUUAUGUUUGAAAAAUCCUAGUUCCGCACCUGAUUACGUAGAUGGGUAUUGUGCACAGACUAACACUAUUUAUCAAUUUCAUGGGUGUUUUUAUCAUGGUUGUAAAAAACGUUAUGAUGCCGAUACAUAUAACGCCAUAUUAAAUGAACGUUUUUUUGUGUUACGUUCGCGAACAGUUCGUUUGACAACGUUAUUUAGACAACACGGAUACAAAGUUAUUGAGAAAUGGGAGUGUGAUUAUAAGGAAGAAAGAGAGAUAACCGAUAAUUAUUUAGAUCGUAUUAGGUUAACUGAUUUUUUUAUAUAUCUUGACUUAAACCCUCGAGACGCUCUUUUCGGUGGGCGUACAUCGCCAGCUGUGUUAUAUUAUGAUUGUAAUAGGGGUGAGAAAAAAAAAGAUAUUUUAUGA